AUGAGCCCCGAGUCGUGCUGCCCGCGGAUGGGCCGCCUGCGUCGCCUCCAGGCGCGGACCUGGGUCGAGCCCGUGGUGGCCUCGACCCAGGUGGCCGCGUCCCUGUACGACACGGGGCUGCUGCUCGUGGUGAAGGCGCACUUCGGCGCCGGGGGCUGGGCCAACCACAGCGCCAGCCCGUCGCCCCGGGGGCCGGCGGAGGACGCGCAGCAGCGGGCCAUCUCCAACUUCUACAUCGUCUACAACCUGGUGAUGGGCCUGACGCCCCUGCUGUCCGCCUACGGCCUGGGCUGGCUCAGCGACCGCUACCACCGCAAGGUGGCCAUCUGCGUGCCGCUGCUGGGCUUCCUGCUCUCGCGCCUCGGGCUGCUGCUCAAGCUGCUGCUCGACUGGCCGCUGGAGGUGAUGUUCGCCGCGGCCGCGGUGAACGGCCUGACCGGCGGCUUCUCGGCCUUCUGGUCCGGGGUCAUGGCCCUGGGCUCGCUGGGCUCCUCGGCGGGCCACCGCUCCGUGCGCCUCAUCUUCAUCGACCUGGUCCUGGGCUUGGCCGGGUUCUGCGGGAGCAUGGCGUCCGGACACCUCUUUAAGCAGAUUGCUGGCCACUCGAGGCAGGGGCUGGUGCUGGCCGCCUGCAGCGUGAGCUGCGCCACCUUCAGCCUCUGCUACAGCCUGUUGGUGCUCACGGUGCCCGAGGCGCCGGCCAAGUCCAGCCAGGGGCUCGCCACCGUGGAGACCGUGUCUGGCGUGGUGGGCACCUACCGCACCCUGGACCCCGAUCAGCCCGAGAAGCCGACCGUGGUGGGGCAGCCCCCAUCUCCAGAAAAAGCGAAGCCCAAGCAAGUGAUCAUUGUGCUGCUGUUUGUGGGCGCCAUCAUCUAUGACCUGGCCGUGGUGGGCACGUGGGACGUGAUGUCCCUUUUUGUGCUGAGGGCGCCUCUCAGCUGGAACCAAGUGCAGGUGGGCUACGGCAUGGCUGUAGGCUACACCAUCUUCAUCUCGAGCUUCCUGGGGGUCCUGGGGUUCUCCCGCUGCUUCCAGGACACCACCAUGAUCAUGAUCGGGAUGGUCUCCUUUGGGUCUGGAGCCCUGCUCUUGGCCUUUGCAAAAACGACAUAUAUGUUCUACAUUGCUCGGGGCGUCAUGAUGUUUUCUCUGAUCCCCAUCACAACCAUCCGAUCCGCAAUGUCCAAGCUCAUAAAGGGAUCCUCUUAUGGAAAGGUGUUUGUCAUCCUGCAGCUGUCCCUGGCUCUCACGGGGGUGGUGAUAUCUGUAGCGUAUAAUGAGAUCUAUCAGGUCUCCAUGGAAAAGUUCGCCGGCACCUGCUUUGCUCUCUCCGCCUUCCUGUCGUUCCUGGCCAUCGUCCCGAUUGGCAUCGUGGCCCACAGGCAAGCCUCGUGGUUGCAAUGCACAGGUGCCACAGAGAAGUGAAGGUGCUGACUUGCAGGAGCUGCCACACUCUUGCUACCAGUAUGGCAAAAGGAGACACUGGAGAACAGGUGACCAAAGCUACCCGCUACCCAAGAAUGGCAAGAAUGGCAGUGUCCAGAAGGUGCCAGCCUGAGAACAAACUGUACAGGCUCUGGGGUUCUUGGUGGGUGGGGCAACACUUUCCUGGUGACGGAAGAACUUUCUCGGCGUUCAGAUGCCCUGUAUGGUGAGGCUAGGCUCUGCAGGCAGCAGUGCGCGAUCCUUGAAGGGCUGCAUGCAGACUGGGGGCACAGCCCCAUCCAACACGGGAGGGCCAUCGGGCUCCAUCUGUAGACAACCAGCCUCUUUUCUUCCGGAAGGUUCCAGGGUAUGGUUCAUUCGUCAACUGGGUGUUCUGCUUGAGGUCCCACCCGAGAACGCCACCAGGGCCAUGCAUUUUCAACAGCCUAAAGAGAUGUCAUUUCAAGAACUGCCAACACCACCGAACCUCGGUCCAUGUUUUUAAAAUGAAAACCUGGGGGAACGUUAGCUGCUUCCUGGGGCCAUUUGAGUUGUGAAUGUUCGAGAAAGCUUCGGUCUCCAGGUGUUUCCACUUUUGAAGAAGCAAACAGAACACUCUCUUCAGUGAAUAUGAAGGUGAAUACUUCCAGUCAGCACUACCUCCCCCAGAGAGUGGUGUGAAAGCAGCAGUGGGAGGAGAUGUCUGAAAGGCCAUUUUAUUAUCCUGUUUUAUAGCCUAUUUUCCUUUGCAUAUAAAAGCUGACUCACUGCCUAA